UGUGUGUGUGUGUGUGUGUGUGUGUGUGUGUGUGUGUGUGUGUCAGUCUCGGUGCUGACAGUCAUGUCGGUUUCCACGUUUCAGAAGAUCACCUUCAUCUCCUGCCUGGUGCUCUGCGUCUCCUUAUUCCUACCCAGAAUCCUCCUCUCCCGGGGGAAGAAGGAGGUGCUGCAGUCUCAGGUGGGUCCCGGACACGCCCCCCCGCGGAGGUACGGCCCCCCGUUCUCUGAGGAACCGGAUCAGUGGCAGGCUGAGCUCCUGUUCACCAAACCCUUCAGCCCGGAGUCGCUCACCAGAACCAGAGAUGCAGGAAAACCCAACCUGCUCGGCCAGGUCAUCCCCGUUUACGGCUUCGGGAUCUUCCUCUACAUCAUUUACAUUUUCUUUAAGCUCACAAACAAAGACCCACAGAAACGAUCCCACAGACAAGAAUGCAGAUUCCCCAUCCUGACGCAGGAAUGCAGAAUGCAGGAAAUACCUGAUAAUGAGAUGGCUCAGCUGCAGGCCAGACUGAGACAGAUGGACGGGGUGAAAGAGAGAAGAUCCUCCAAAGCUGUCCAUCCUCCCGCCAGAUCUCGGAGAGGAAGCCGUCAGAGAGAGGAGAGGAAGCUCCGGCAGCUGCGGCAAAGCACUCGCGUAAUCCUGGAGGGACGACCACUAGAGGGCGUAUCUCCUGAAGUGGAAGCUGAAGAAACCCCAUAUUCAGCAGAUUGGGAAGGUUACUCUGAAGAGACGUUCCCCAAGUAUGAAGUGGCGUUCCGCGGACGCCGAUAUCCCAGCGUCAUACUGGAGGAGCCCGACAUGGACGCGCCCACCGCCGAGGAACUCGCCGAGAGAAUGGGGAGAGCAGAGGAGGAAAACGAUGAGGAAGAUGAUGAUGAGGAAGAUGAGGAAGAUGAGGAUGAUCACAUUUAUGAUGAAGAGAUCAAGAACAGAGCAGAGGAACAUCUACCCACGAUAGAUGUUGCUGAGAAGAAUCGUCUAGACGUAAAAGAAGACAAUGGGGAAGCCAAACGAUCACACAACGAAAAUGAUGAUGAUGAUGAUGAAGAUGAUGAUGACGAAGAAGAGGAGGAUGAAGAAAGCGAUGAUGAAGAUGAAUUAGAACCUGAAAAAGCACACGAAGCAGAACUAUUAAAAGAAGAUGAAGAAGAAGAAGAUGAGGAAGAAGAUCGAAACACUAGAAAACAAGACGAGGAGGAAGAAGAGGAGGAAGACGAGGAGGAAGUAGGAGAAGACCACCCUUGUCUUCCUCACCGCGAGGAUGAUGAUGAUCAUGAAGAACGAGGACCGAAAUCAAGAGGAGCCAAAAAGAGGGCGGAGUCUCCCAGCAACAGACGACAAAUCACAUUCAGCGAUCACAGACGGGUCUUCCUCUACUCGAAAGGAGACGCGAUGGGCGGCAGGUUCGAGGACGAGGAGCUGAAGGAAGAGGGUGAGGAAGAGGACAGUGAGGAAGAGGAUGAUGAGGAAGAGGACGAGGAGGAUGAUGAUAAUACUGAAGAGGAAGAUAAGCAUAAUGAAGAUGAAGCUGAAGGAAGAAAGAAGGAGGAAGUAGACCCCCUGAUGGAGGCUGAGAGUCUGGGCUUCCACACCGAGGUUCUUGAUCUCGAUCCAGAAGAACAGGAAGUAGAUCUCCUCGACUUCCUGCUCACCUACCAACCAGAGUCCACGGUUAGCUCCACCCAUCCAGCUCCGCCCAAAGGUCCAACAUCUGGAACUCUGAGGAUGCGGCACAAGAAAUCCAAGAAGAAAAACUGACCCGAGAUUCUUCUCGAUUAAUGUAUAACUCUCGAUUAUUCGAUUAGUUAAUUAGGUUAGGUUCGGUUAGUCUAACAAUUAAUCACUAAGGUAGGCUGCACCUAACAAUUAUUAUACGAUUAGUUGAUUAAUCUAACAACUAAUCACUGAUGUGGUCUGCACAUAACGAUUAUUUUACGAUAAGUUGAUUCAUUUAACGAUUAAUCACUGAUGUGUGCUGCACUUAAUGAAUAUUUUUAUGAUUAGUUGAUUAAUCUAACAACUAAUCACUGAUGUGGGCUACACCUAAUGAUUAUUAUACGAUUAGUUGAUUCAUCUAACAACUAAUCACUGAGGUGGGCUGCACCUUACGACUAUUUUACAAUUAUUUGAUUCGUCUAACGAUAAAUCACUGAUGUGGGCUGCACCUAAUGAUUUUUUUUUUUUACGAAUAGUUGAUUUAUCUGACGACUAAUCACUAAAACGGGCUGCACCUAAUGAUUAUUUUUAACAAUUAGUUGAUUCAUCUAACGAUUAAUCACUGAUGUGGGCUGUACCGAAUGAUUAUUUUAUGAUUAGUUGAUUAAUCUAACAACUAAUCACUGAUGUUGGCUGCACCUAACGAUUAUUUUUACGAUAAGAUGAUUCAUUUAACGAUUAAUCACUGAUGUGGGCUGUACCUAAUGAUUAUUUUAACGAUUAGUUGAUGCAUUUAACAACUAAUUACUGAUGUGGGCUGCACUUAAUUUGAUUUUUACAAAUAGUUGAUUCAUCUUACAACUAAUCACUGAUGAGAUGCACCUUUUUAGGGCUAGUCUAAUACUAGUCAUCUAGUAUUCAACUAAUCACUGAUGAGAUACGCUGAUAAUGGCUGCAGCUUGCGAUUAUUUUUACGAUUAGUUGAUUAGAUUAACAAAUGAUCACUAAUAAGGGCUGCACCUAACGAUUAUUUUUUUCUCGAUUAUUCAUUCGAUUAUGUUUCCCGCCAGUUGAUUCAUCUAAUAGCUUAUCUUAUUCCACAGAUUAUUUCGAGAUAAAUUGAAUAGACUAACAAUGAAUCACUGAUGAGAUGCACUGAUUAGGGUUGCACCUAAUGAUUUUUAUUUUUCUCCCAAUAAUCUAACAAUAUUAUUUCUGAUUUGUUGAUUAGUCAAAUGACUACCUUACCAAAAAAAAAAAAAAAAAAAACGUCAAAUUUAAAUGGUUGUGAUGCAGUGUUAUUCAUAAAUACUGUACAGUUACCAGAAAUGGAGAAAAGAUAUAUAUUUUUUUAGUUUCUGUGCUCCCCCUACAGUCAGGGAGUAUAGUUCUCGCGUUACACAUGCAUUUCUGGACAAGCUGACAGGUUACAAGAUUUAUUUUAUAUUUUAUCUCACAGACUCUGUGGAUGUGUCCCAAAUACUUAAUAUUACUAGUUUUAAAGUAUAUUAGGUUUGCAUGAUAU